UCUCUUUGUUUUCCAGCAGAGUGGCCUGACCCUUCCAAAGAAUAAUCGAGAAUCUUUGAAAUAUUUAAAUUUACAGAAAAUACGUCCAAGAAACAAACAGAAUAUUUUAAAGCCAAAAGCGUGAAAAUUCGGAUAGUUUUUCAAGGAAUGGAUCAGAAUACCAGUGGUUCCAAAAUGUGGGUUGAGGAACACCAUGAAAAUGAUAAAGAGACUGUUGGUUUAAUUCGUAACUUGUGGAAACAAGUUCACGUUUUAACUGAACAGAAACUUCAACUAGUUCCACUAAGCCCUUUUGGCAUCAUGGCAAAAUGGCUUUGCAACAAAGCCAUAGUCACUCAAAAUGAAUUAAUGUAUGACACAUUGAAACGUGUCUGGGAAGGUCUGAGCAAAGAGGCCAAAAUGAGGCUGCAUUAUGCUAGUAUCAAAGACCAUGUUUCAGUGAAAGAACAGCAAAGCGUAAUUAACAACGACAUUUUUAAAAUUCGUUGUGAAAUUACUCGUUUAUCGUUGACGCUGCGUUCUAGCCCAAAAGACCCUACAAUGCUAGAAUAUUAUGAGGGAUCCGUCAUUUCGGGGGAUCCGUCAUUGGCGGAUGUGUGAAAUCUUUCACCCGUACAAAAAUACCUAAAUUUGUUUUGUCUUUUCAAGUUUUAUGAGCAAAUAGCUUUGAAUUUUUGUUUACUGUUGGGGGUCUGACGGGGGUAGCUUAAGCUAAUUCUAGAAAAUCCGUUUGCCGUAAACUUAUAACUGAAGCCAAUUCAUUUACUCUAAAAUAACAUUCUUAUAUUUAUUUUAUUUCUUUCAAUGAAUGUUCCUCCAUGACUUUACUUUUCUUCUACAAAACGAGGGUCAAUCUGGUUGGAUAAAUGAGAAGAAAAGAGAAAAAAACUUUUCUAAUACUCUAACCAUCCUCUGAGUAUUUCCCUACUCUCUACUCUUAAUUACUCGUACACAUAUCCUACACCUUAUUCUGAGUACAAAGAUUACAAAACCAUCUAUUCAAAGUACCCCGAAACUUAUACCACAGACUACGUAGUAAUCUAUCCAUCUACUAGUUCGUAGUCUGUGCUUAUGCCACUUCCUGCCCAAGUGACAAGGAAUAUUAACUAACUUCUUACACCAGAUAACCGGAAACUUAGCCCUCUCCCUACAACAAACAGAAUUAGCAAAUUUCUUCCCAUGUCGAAAAAGUACUGACGAACUCCGUUUUUUUUUAAUACUAUCCCAAGAUUUUCUCACUAGCAUAUUCUCCGUGCUUACUAAGAAUCCAAGAUGUUAAUUCAUUUUGUCAUUGAUUUUUGUAUCACACUUCGAGCGCUUACUACUAUUUUCUUUCAAUAAUAAUAAUAUUGCUGUACUUCUUUAACAGUUAAAAAGUCUUUCGAUAUGUAAGCUUAAAAGUGUUACAAAAUAUGGAUUAUAUUUGCCAUUUGUAUUGAUUGAAAGGAUUACAAGCAGUCCAUAUCAA